CUCUUUUAUCCUCAUUCUCUUUCUUCCUCCUCAUUCUCUCUCUCUCUCUUUUUCUCUCCCCCUCUCUGUCUCUCUCUCUUUCUCUCUUUCUCUCUUUCUCCUUCCCUCCCACACCGCCCCUUCGCAGCGACUGAUCUUCUUCCUCUCUCGCCCACCCACAGAAGUCAAGUCCACACCACACCACACUCCCUUUCUCUCUCUUUUCCUUUCCUUCACACCUAUACCCCCUACCAAGCAACUCUCGACCCAAUACACCUAGAAAAUGCUAUCGGAUCAACAAUUCCAAGAGUGCCUCGCAGAGCUGCAGGUCCCCAAGGUCGACGACUGGGAGCUCUUCCUGGAGUCCCACGGGUUCAGGAUCUACCGCAAGGCCAUGCCAAACACUGCCCUGUAUGAAUACAAGGCUCUGGGGCACUACCCCGAUGUGCCCGCAAGCCUGCUUGCCGAUGUCUUCACUGAUCUCGACUACCGCAAGACCUGGGACAAGAACAUGGUCGGAUUCAAGCGGAUGGACCACGGUGUCAUCCACUACACCACCAAAUUCCCCUGGCCACUCUCACCCCGCGAGUACUUUUACGAGCUGACGGUCCAUGAACCCAAGGACGGCCACUUCUGCGUCAGUUCCCAGACUGUAGGCAAGACCAGGGCACAGGAUGGCGCUCUGCAGAACCUGUACAGCACCAAUAACUACAAAUCCAUGGUCACCCUUGUCCCACCCUCGAUGUCGUCUUAUUCCCCUUCGCCCUCCUCCUCAUCUUUGUUGACAGUCCCUGGAGGAUCUGCUGCUGCUGCUGCUUCGUCAGUGUCAUUGCCGACAUCAGGAUCAGAGCCGCAUAAGGUGUUCAAGCUGCCACCGAUGAACAAGUCUGUGCGUGUGGAGGAGUAUCGCCAGGAUGUGGUCAUGGUCCCAUCUGAGGACGGCAAGGGAUGCUAUGUCUGGUUCGGUUACUUUGAUGACCCCAAGGGCCACAUCCCAUCAUCGAUCGUCAACUGGGCUACCAAGCAUGGGAUCCCAGGGUUCCUCAAGGGGAUCCAGGAUGCGUGUCUCAGGAGGGCAGCUGCACAGGAGGCUUCUUCCCCUUCCGUUGUCAGGGACAGGCCUGCAACACCAGACAGCGGUAUCGAAGCGUAGACACCCACAUAUACAACAAACACGACUGCCUACAUUCACCACUGCCAUCGCCAACUUGGUAGCAACCAAACAACCACCAUGCACAUGUACGAUCACGACCAUGUAUCUUUUCUCUUAGACCAUUCAUCCAUACCACCCCUCCCUCCUCUCCUUUGUUUCUUCCUCCUUUUUUUGUGGCAGUAGUGGUAUACUAGCAGUAGAAGUAGUAUGUCAAGUGUACAGCUUUGUCAAGGACUGGAUGCUGGUUCAUUCAGCCCAAGACCCGGAAUGUUUCUUUGCGCGACUACAGACAGAUGCGCGCUAGGUGCGACAACAACCAUGACAAAAUAAAGUCAAGGAAACCAUCCUUGAACAAACAUGC